UCAUUAACGUCUUGGGAUUGGGACACACUGUUGUCUGGACACUGCCGGCCAGUCCCAAAAUGGAACAUAAGGAAGUGGUCCUUCUACUCCUUUUAUUUAUGAAAUCAGGUCAUGGAGACCCCCUGGACGACUAUAUAAAUACACAGGGGGCGUCACUGUCUACUUUGAGUAAGAAGCAGCUGGAAGCAGGAAGCGUAGAUGAUUGUGCUAAAAAAUGUGAGGAAGAAACAGGAUUCAUUUGCAGGUCAUUCCAAUAUCACAGCAAAGAACAACAAUGUGUGUUAAUGGCUGAAAACAGCAAGUCUUCCUCAGUCUUCAGGAUGAGAGAUGUGGUUUUAUUUGAAAAGAGAAUGUAUCUUUCAGAGUGCAGGAUUGGAAAUGGAAGGAGCUACAGAGGGACAGUCUCCAAAACGAAAACUGGCGUUGCCUGUCAAAAAUGGAGUGACAAUGUUCCACACAAACCUAACUACACACCUGCUUCAUACCCUUUGGAAGGGCUGGAGGAGAACUACUGCAGGAACCCCGACAAUGACAAGGAGGGGCCCUGGUGUUACACCACAGAUCCCAACCAGCGAUUUGACUACUGCAGCAUUCCUGAAUGUGAAGAUGAAUGUAUGCAUUGCAGUGGAGAAAACUAUGAGGGCAAGAUUUCCACGACCAUGUCUGGACUUGAAUGCCAGCCCUGGAACGCUCAGAGCCCGCAUGCUCACGGAUACAUUCCUUCCAAAUUUCCAAACAAGAAAUUGAAGAUGAAUUAUUGUCGUAACCCCGAUGGGGAGCCCCGCCCUUGGUGUUUCACCAUGGAUCCCACCAAACGCUGGGAGUUCUGUGACAUCCCACGCUGUACAACGCCCCCACCAACUUCUGGCCCCACAUAUCAGUGUCUGAUGGGUAACGGUGAAAACUAUGGAGGAAACGUGGCUGUCACUGUCUCCGGGCAUACUUGUCAGCGCUGGAGCGAACAGACCCCUCACAAGCACAACAGGACUCCAGAAAACUUCCCCUGCAAAAAUUUGGUUGAAAACUAUUGCCGUAACCCUGAUGGAGAAAUGGCUCCAUGGUGCUACACAAACAGCAAUGAACCGAGGUGGGAAUACUGUCAGAUACCAUCCUGUGACUCCUCUCCACCUACAGACCAAGCGGACUCCCCAGCACCACCUGAACAGACUCCUGUGGUCCAGAAAUGCUACCAUGACAACGGAGAGAGUUAUCGAGGCACAUCAUCCACCACUAUCACAGGAAAGAAAUGUCAAGCUUGGUCAUCUAUGACACCACACCGGCAUGAAAAGACCCCAGAAAACUACCCAAAUGCCGGCUUGACGAUGAACUACUGUAGGAAUCCAGAUGGUGACAAAGGUCCUUGGUGCUACACCACUGACCCGGAAGUCAGGUGGGAGUUCUGCAACCUGAAAAAAUGCUCACAGACAGAAGAGAGUGUCAUAAAGCCUCUAUCUGAAACCCAAGUUCUAAGUGCGGAGCCUUCUUCGAAACCAGAUUGCAUGUUUGGGAAUGGAAAAGCAUAUCGGGGCAAGAAGGCCACCACUGUUGCUGGCACUCCAUGCCAGGGAUGGGCUGCCCAGGAGCCCCACAGACACAGCAUUUUCACUCCAACGACGAAUCCACGGGCAGGCCUGGAAAAAAAUUACUGUCGUAAUCCUGAUAACGAUGACAAUGGUCCCUGGUGCUACACGAUGAAUCCAAAGAAACUGUUUGACUACUGUGAUGUCCCCCAGUGUGAGCUCUCUUCAUUUGAUUGUGGAAAGCCCAAGGUGGAGCCGAAGAAAUGUCCGGGAAGGGUCGUAGGUGGGUGUGUGGCCAACCCACAUUCCUGGCCCUGGCAAAUCAGCCUUAGGACAAGAUUUGGGAAGCACUUCUGUGGAGGCACUUUAAUUUCCCCCGAGUGGGUGUUGACUGCUGCCCACUGCUUGGAGAGGUCCUCAAGGCCUUCAUCAUACAAGGUUAUCCUGGGCGCACAUCGAGAGAUACGCCUUGAAGCAGAUGUUCAGGAGAUAGAAGUGUCAAAGCUGUUCUUGGAGCCCACCAGGGCGGAUAUUGCCCUGUUGAAGUUGAGCAGCCCUGCCGCCAUCACUAAUAAGGUCAUCCCAGUGUGUCUGCCACCCCCAAAUUAUGUGGUUGCCGACCGGACGGUGUGUUACAUCACAGGCUGGGGAGAAACCCAAGGCACCUUUGGUGCUGGCCUCCUCAAGGAAGCCCAGCUACCUGUCAUUGAAAAUAAAGUGUGCAAUCGCUAUGAGUACCUGAAUGGAAGAGUCAAAUCGACUGAGCUUUGCGCUGGGCAUUUGGCCGGAGGCACUGACAGUUGCCAGGGUGACAGUGGAGGGCCUCUGGUUUGCUUCGAGAAGGACAAAUACAUUUUACAAGGAGUCACUUCUUGGGGUCUUGGCUGUGCACGCCCCAAUAAGCCUGGUGUCUAUGUUCGUGUUUCAACGUAUGUUCCUUGGAUUGAAAGAACAAUGAGAAAUAAUUAAUUGGUUGGGAGACAGAGUGAACCAUCAGUGUAUCUAGAUGCUGGAACAUGGGUAGGGAAUUUAGUAUGCUCAGAAGUAAUUGACAGUAAUCAAACUAAGACCCUGUACUUAACCGCCAUCUACUGCCAAACCUCAACAUUGUUUAGCAUUACUGUGGAUAAAUUUUUCCCGUCUGUGGACUGCUGGGUUCUACAAUAAUAAGGCAACACAGCUGUGACAUUUGUUGAAAAUAAACUCUGUACUUACUUUGAUUUAA